ACAUACAUCAAAGCUAAAGAUAAAUAAUUUCUCGACCGUUCAAAGCCGUUUGAUCAGAAUCUGAACAUGGACAAGGUGAUGAGAAUGUCAUCAGAGAAAGGAGUUGUGAUCUUCACCAAAAACUCGUGUUGUCUUUGCUACGCCGUGCAGGUCCUUUUCCGUGACCUUAGGGUUCAGCCAAAAAUCCACGAGAUCGACAAUGAUCCUGACUGCCGCGAGAUCGAGAAGGCCUUAGUCCGUCUUGGCUGCGCCAACGCGGUUCCUGCUGUUUUUGUUAGUGGUAAGCUGGUGGGUUCGACCAACGAUGUUAUGUCGCUUCACCUAAGUGGAUCUCUCGUUCCCUUGAUCAAGCCGUAUCAGUCGUUCCAUAAAUAGAAAAUGAAUCGAUCAUUACGAAAAGAUAAUUGCGUGAAAGAUAACACGUAAAUGUGUGUCAUGUUAUGAUAUGUAUAACUAAUGUUUAUGUUUGUUU